UCCAGCAAGUAUCGGAACUGCAGCUGAAGGCCGUGUGGUGUGGUGUGGUGUGGUGUGGUGUGGUGUGGUGUGUAGAACGCCAAGUGACCAUGAAGAGCAGCACGCUGUUGGUGAUCCUGGUUCUCCAGGCCGUUCUGGCCAUGGGGAUAUUCGCAGCUGUGGCUAAAGAAAAUGCCGUGGGCGACAGCAAGGCCAUCGACAUCAACCCGGGGCAGCUCAAGUGCUGCACCAACUGCAACUUCUCCUUCUCGGGGCUCUACACCUGCGACGACGUCGGCAAGAAGUGCGACCCCGUCUGCAAGAAGUGCGCCGUCGUGCAGACCUACACGGGCAAGAAGUUCAAGUGCACCGACACCUUCCUCGGCAUGUGCGGCCCCUCGUGCAAGAACUGAACUAAGCCGGUCGAGAUGAGCUUCAGCUCCGUGAUUGUGAAUCUGUGUUCUGUGCUUGUGCAUGUUCUCGUCGUUACGCGCGAACAAUAAGCCGUUGUUUGUAUGCCUGCAAUAAAAGUGAUAAAACUGGCAGGUCAUAUUAUCUCUAUGGUUGGUACUAAAGAUGUUAAACUCUACGGUUGUAUCAGUGAAUUCCGUCAAAUCCUUAAUAGAAAUGGGGUAUCCCGCGUUUGAAAAAAAAGGGGCAGUCAUGUGUAGAGAA